AUGACUGGGGCCGUCCUCCUCCUGCUGGCGCUGGGCCUGGUCGAAGGGGGAGGCCGGUGCAUCUUGAACCGCACCGAGGAGCACUGCGUGUGCCGCGAGCUGUCUGAGGAGAGCGUGGGCAGCAUUGUCCAGUGCCUCCCGGCCUCCGUUGUGGAGUUCUGGGGAGGGGACCUGGAGAGAUACGCAGCCCUGCCCAUUGGCGACCUGCAGCCCUCCGCCAUCGAGAUACUGGAAAGCCUCAGCAUCAGGAAACUCGUCUUUGGGGACCUCCUGGUGCCUGAGGUCCUCCUCGCCCGAGUCUUGAAGUUAUUCUCCUACACCCAGGUGCAGGAGCUGGUGUUUGAGAGCUGCACCUUCAUGGGGAGCAGCAACUGGGACGAAAUGGCUGGGCGAAACUUGCCCAUAACGACACUGCGCUUCCGCAACGUGACAGCGGCACCGGUGACGGGCCACGAGCAGGGCUUCUCCAGCUUGAGCCGCUGGCUGGAGAGCCUGCAGGAGCUGGCGGUCACCGGCUCGCGCGUCACCGCGCUGCCCUGCGCCGUCGGCAGGGUGUUCGGUGCGCUGCGCUCCCUGGACGUGGCACACAACGGCCUCGCGGACAGCGGCUUGGCGGUAGCCUUCUGUGAGGGUGCCUUCCCUCAGCUCCGGGUGCUGAGCCUGCAGCGCAACAACCUGACGUCCUACCACGGCGUGUGCGAGAGCCUGCAGCUGCUGCACCAGCUUCAGCACUUAGACAUCAGCCAGAACAGGCUCAGGCUCACUGCCCACCCGACCUCCUCCUGCCAGUGGCCAAUGUCCCUCCAGUCCUUGAACCUGUCUCACACAGGCUUGGAUGAAAUGCUCACGCCUCUGCCUCCCAAUCUAGAGGUGCUGGACAUCAGCUGCAACCACCUCCGUACUUUAGACAUCUCUCUUGGCUCUCUGAAAACGCUCCUCGUCAGCCAAAACAUGCUGCAAGACAUCUCCUUCCUCAGGAAUUGCCCCAUGUUGGAAGUCCUCUAUCUAGAUGACAAUUUGGUCUCGGAACUGCCAUGGGAUGAGCUGCGGCUCCUGGGGCACCUCAGGGACAUAGGUGCCGCUGGCAACCCCUACAACUGCUCGUGCUCUGGGGCUGCGGGGAUCCAGAGGCUGGCAGCAACGGGGCACCUUGGACCAGCUUGGCCCCAGGACUACAUGUGUCAUUCGCCCCCUCGCUACCGGGACAUUCUGGUGAAGGAUGUGUCUGUCUCAGUACUGCAGUGCAACAGGGCUGCGGUGAUCGCUCCCAUCUGUGUGAUCCUUGGCAUACUCUGCGUGGCGGGAGUGGUCUGCCUGGCCAGAUCCAAGUACAGGCUGUUCCAGGCCUGCCGCAGGGCUGUGAAGGGGCCAUAG